AUGGCCGGAGACACGAGGACACUGGCCGAGCCGGAGCCCGAGUUGGAGAAGGUUGACACCGCUGCAGAGACGAACACCGCAGCGGAAGCAGCAAGUACUGGCGAUCCUGCGAAACCACCAAAGAAGAAGCGUCCACGAAUCACGGCUCCACCCACCAGCCAUCUCUCAAUCAACCCUUACGACUGGAAGUAUGACCCUUCCAUUGCCUUCGACGCCAACUACAUUGACCUGGCCUGCCUGGUGGCUCGGAAUAGCGUCUCCUUGAAGGGCCACAUGGGCGCCGUGCUGCUCUCCCCUCCAAAUUCCAUUCAGCCUCAAGGCGAAAUCCUGCACUUGUCCACCAAUGUUCCCGUCUUUCCAGUAUCGACCAACAAAACGAUGAAGUCAUCUGCAGAGAUCCACGCCGAAGCGAAUGCAAUAGUCAGUUGUGCGCGGCAGGGUGUGUCUACGCAAGGGAAGUGGAUUUAUGUGACCUUCCCACCUUGCAAAGACUGCUUUAUGUUGAUUGUGUAUGCGGGGAUCAAGAGGAUUUGCCAUCGGCGAAGGUGCAUUCUCCCGGAGAUGAAGGAGAUUGCACAAACAUGGGGAAUCGAGCUUGUGGAGUGGACGAGUGCGGAAGAGGACGACCUGUGCAAGGCGAGAUGUGAUGGACUCGUGAAGAGGUGGACGGAGGUCAACGAGCCAGACGAGCCACUGAUACCGGUACAAUAG